AUUGUAUAUAUCUGAAAAGUCAAACGUUUGACCUGGGUAACAUGUGGUCUUCUUUCUGAAAUUAGGGUUUCUCUGAACGGAACUGAACUUUGCCGUCGUCUGCCACAACUUUUUGUCUCGUCACGAUAUGGAGACCAACGGAGAUGGUGCUGACGUGUCUCGAAUCCUCAGAGAACUAGAAAGCUUAAAGGCUUCUAAGAGGGAAAUUGAGCAUCGAAUUUCCGUUCUCGAAGCUCAGCUUCAUCAGAAAGCAAACACCGUUAGUAACGGUUCUUGUGCUUCAAUGACCACCGUUGAUUCCAAUGGCUUAUCACCGGACAUGAUCUACCGUUACAGUCGCCACCUCUUGCUUCCUUCCUUUGGAGUUCAAGGGCAGUCGAAUCUGUUAAAAUCUUCAAUUCUAGUCGUUGGAGCUGGUGGUUUGGGCUCGCCAGCUCUUCUCUAUCUUGCAGCUUGUGGGGUUGGGCGAUUGGGUAUUGUGGAUCAUGAUGUAGUUGAGCUUAACAACAUGCACAGGCAGAUUAUCCACACUGAAGCAUAUAUUGGUCAGCCCAAAGUGAGAUCAGCUGCAGCUGCUUGUCGCUCGAUCAACUCCACUAUUCAGAUUGUUGAACACCAGGAAGCAUUGCGUACCUCAAAUGCUUUGGAGAUUUUGAGCAAAUAUGACAUAGUAGUAGAUGCAACUGAUAAUGCACCAAGCCGAUACAUGAUCAGUGAUUGUUGUGUGGUGUUGGGGAAGCCUCUUGUAUCUGGUGCUGCACUGGGAUUGGAAGGGCAGCUUACAGUUUACAACCACAAUGGAGGUCCAUGCUAUCGUUGCCUAUUUCCAACUCCACCUCCUACGACGGCAUGCCAAAGAUGUGCUGAUAAUGGAGUCUUAGGAGUAGUUCCAGGAAUUAUCGGCUGUCUCCAAGCUUUAGAGGCCAUUAAAAUUGCUAGUGCUAUCGGUGAACCACUCUCAGGAAGGAUGCUUCUAUUUGAUGCUUUGUCAGGACGAAUUCGUGUAGUAAAGAUUAGAGGCAGAUCAUUACAGUGCAAAGUUUGUGGAGAAAAUUCAGCAUUUACCAAAGAUGUAUUUAGAAAUUUUGAUUAUGAGAAGUUCACUCAAUCUCCUUUAUCCACGCUUCCCUUAAAGUUGAAUUUGCUUCCGGCAGAUUCCAGAAUAAGCAGCACGGAAUAUAAAGAAAAAGUCAUUAAAGGAGAGGCACAUGUAUUGGUGGAUGUACGGCCAGGACAUCACUUCGAGAUUGUUUCUCUUCCGAACUCUAUAAACAUCCCACUCACAAGUUUGGAGUCAAGACUACCUGAGGUUUCAUCAGCAUUGAAAGAAAAAGAAGAGCAGGAUGGAACUAAUCCUGGUUCCGGUGUUAGCCUAUACAUGGUAUGUAGAAGAGGCAACGAUUCACAGAGAGCUGUGCAGCUUCUCAAGACCAUGGGAUUCACUUCAGCUAAGGAUAUCAUUGGGGGGCUUGAGUCCUGGGCACGUGACGUGGAUCCGAACUUUCCUACGUAUUAGCAGGCAUUCUUGAGAGGCGUGUUUGUACCAUUAUUAAUUUGUCACCAUACUUAUUUGUUCCAUUUUGGUAUUGUUUCUGCGAAAAUUACAUGAAACCGGCCAUUGGAAUUAAAGAGUGUCCCAGUUGCUACCUUGAAGUAA